AUGACGCCUCCUUCAACACAGCAAUUUGAGGACGACCAAAACGUAGAUCGAGCAUUAGCUAUCGUCAAGUCGAUACCAACAAUCAUUGAUGUUGCAAAGGAUAUCGGUCUCGAGUCGAGCAUAAAAAACACGUGCCGCAGAAUCAAAGUGACUAUGGGGAAUGGCGACAAGAAGGCAACGCCUUGUUGGCGACAAUCUUCACAACAUUGCAAGCUUGAAAAAUCUCUAUUUGAAGUUGACUUUGAGGACAAGGUGGGAAACUCGCUUUUUACUUUCGAAGCAGCCAUUGCACCAUGA